UGCAUUUGUAACUGAACGCAAAUGUAAAAUCUCGCAAUUUUCAGUCUGAUAAAAUUUCUCUCGUUUUUUACGAGAGAGUAGUCGGCGUCAGAGCCGUUUCGCCUGGAUGUUCGCACCAGCUCGCGCAGCGUUAUUGUGUAUUUAUGGUUGGUAAGGUAAGGACGAAGAUUGGCAGGGAAGUCUAAUAUAUCUGGUUUAGGUUUCGAAUUAUGUAGGGCUGUGUAAAUACUAGUACUGUACCAGUUGUUUCUUGUUCUUGUGGGUGCGUCUGACAGGUGGCAUUGUGCGAAGUUCGUUUUGUCAUUGCGAACUUUUCGCGUCUAGAUUUUGAAAAAUGCCGGGCGAAGCCGGGGGUACGGCGGUGGAAGAUUCAACACAUUCUGUCUCUCCAAAUGAGAAAACUGCCCCUGUGGUCAAUGGCAGCAACGUGGAGACAUUACCGAGAGGAACCAGCAAACAGACGGACCCGAACACAGCGUUCCUCCGAGCAGCGCGCGCGGGUCAUCAGGAGAAGGUGAUCGAGUACCUGGACUCCGGGGUGGAUAUCAAUACAGCAAACGCCAAUGGCCUCAAUGCUCUUCAUCUGGCAGCUAAGGAUGGUCACCUGGAAAUAGUAGCAGAUCUUCUCAAGCGUGGGGCAACUGUCGAUGCAGCAACAAAGAAGGGCAACACUGCAUUGCAUAUCGCUUCUCUUGCUGGGCAGACAGAUGUUGUGAAACUGCUAGUAAAGCAAGGUUCUUCUGUCAACAUGCAAUCACAGAAUGGCUUUACCCCUCUCUACAUGGCAGCUCAGGAGAAUCAUGAUGAUGUGGUCAAAUUCCUGCUCAGUAAGGGAGCCAAUCAGAGUCUGUCAACUGAGGAUGGGUUUACCCCUUUAGCUGUGGCAAUGCAGCAGGGACAUGACAAGAUAGUUGCUCUGCUUCUGGAGAAUGACACCAGGGGUAAAGUUCGUCUCCCUGCCUUGCACAUUGCUGCCAAGAAGGAUGACUGCAAGGCUGCUGCUUUGCUCUUGCAAAAUGACCACAACCCAGAUGUAACUUCAAAGAGUGGAUUUACCCCACUUCACAUAGCUGCACACUAUGGAAAUGAAGGCAUUGCCAAUUUGCUUCAUCAGCGAGGAGCAGACAUCAACUUCUCUGCCAAGCACAAUAUCACUCCCCUUCAUGUGGCCUGCAAGUGGGGAAAGAUCAACAUGGUGUCUUUGCUUAUCAAUAAAGGAGCUGAUAUAGAAGCCAAGACGCGAGAUGGACUGACACCGCUGCACUGUGCGGCACGGUCGGGGCACGAUCAGGUUGUGGACUUGCUGCUGGAAAGCAAGGCCCCCAUACGAUCCAAAACUAAGAAUGGACUGGCCCCACUCCACAUGGCAGCGCAGGGUGACCAUGUGGAUGCAGCUCGCAUUCUGUUAUACCACCGAGCCCCUGUGGAUGAUGUAACAAUCGAUUACCUGACAGCCCUGCAUGUGGCAGCACAUUGUGGUCAUGUCCGUGUAGCCAAAUUGCUGCUAGAUCGCAAAGCAGAUCCCAAUUCAAGAGCGCUUAAUGGCUUCACACCACUUCACAUUGCAUGCAAGAAAAAUCGACUCAAGGUGGUUGAACUGUUGCUCAAGUAUGGGGCAUCCAUUGAAGCUACCACUGAAUCGGGCCUUACACCACUGCAUGUGGCCAGUUUCAUGGGCUGCAUGAACAUUGUCAUCUACCUGCUGCAGCACAAUGCCAAUCCAGAUGUCCCUACUGUUCGUGGAGAGACACCCCUUCAUCUGGCAGCUAGAGCAAACCAGACAGAUAUCAUCCGCAUCCUUCUGCGCAAUGGGGCACAGGUGGAUGCUAAGGCCAGGGAGGAACAAACCCCUCUGCAUGUAGCUUCACGACUUGGCAAUGUAGACAUUGUGAUGUUGCUGCUACAGCAUGGAGCAGCGGUGGAUGCAACCACCAAGGAUCUGUAUACACCCCUUCACAUUGCAGCUAAGGAAGGGCAGGAGGAGGUGGCAUCAGUGCUGUUGGAGCAUGGUGCAUCGUUGACUGCGACUACAAAGAAAGGUUUUACACCGCUUCACCUAGCUGCCAAGUAUGGAAACUUAAAUGUAGCCAAACUACUGCUGCAGAAGGAUGCUCCAGUGGAUGCACAGGGCAAGAAUGGGGUAACACCACUGCAUGUUGCAAGUCACUAUGAUCACCAGAAUGUUGCACUGCUGCUGCUGAAUAAGGGUGCAUCACCACAUGCAACUGCCAAGAAUGGCCACACACCACUGCACAUAGCAGCUAGAAAGAAUCAGAUGGACAUUGCCACAACACUGCUGGAAUAUGGAGCUAAGGCAAAUGCAGAAUCGAAAGCUGGCUUCACCCCUUUACAUUUGUCCUCUCAGGAGGGACACACAGACAUGGCCUCACUUCUUAUUGAGCACCAGGCAGAUCCCAAUCACAAGGCAAAGAAUGGCCUCACUCCAUUACAUUUGUGUGCACAGGAAGACAAUGUCAAUGUUGCAGCAUUAUUAGUCAAGAAUGGGGCUGAAGUGGAUUCAAGCACAAAGGCUGGGUAUACACCUCUGCACGUUGCAUGUCAUUUUGGGCAACUGAACAUGGUGCGCUUCCUGCUUCAACAUGGUGCCAAUGUGGACAACAGCACAUCAGUUGGCUACACACCACUGCACCAAGCAGCCCAACAGGGACACACACUUGUCAUCAGCCUAUUGCUUGAAAACAAGGCAAAACCAAAUGCUGUUACCAAUCAAGGACAAACUGCACUGUCUAUUGCCCAGAAGCUUGGCUAUAUUAGUGUGGUGGAGACACUUAAAGUGGUGACUGAGACGACCAUCACGACAACGACAACGACUACGAUCGAGGAAAAGUAUAAAGUGGUGGCACCAGAAUCCAUGCAAGAGACAUUUAUGUCUGACUCAGAGGAUGAAGGUGGUGGCGAUGAAAUGUUGGAUAUGGCGAUGAAUGUUUACGGCAAACCAACCCACGCACAACAUGUCUACUUGCCUUACUACCAAGGUCAAAUGCAGUACACGCGUGAAGAUCCCCUGAUGAAUGACCAUCAGCACUACCGCUACAUGACUGUGGAUGAUAUGAAGUCUCUUGGUGAUGAUUCACUACAGAUUGAUGUUACAAGAGAUGAGAGGGCUGAAUCAAACAGAGUGUCCAUGGACCCAUCCCUAGGGGUGAGUGACCUGAUGCUAAGCCAGACCAAGGAGCAUUAUCAGACAUUAGCCAGCAACAAUGCAUCUGACAAUGUAGACCUCUACAGACAGCCUAUCCAUGUGGGGCUCGAUGAUUCUUUGGCUUCGCUCGGCUCUGGUUCUAAGACCCCUGGAAUGUGGAGGGAAAGCAUUUCUCAUUGGAAAAAUUUCCUGGUGAGUUUCCUUGUCGAUGCAAGGGGAGGAGCAAUGCGGGGUUGCAGGCACUCUGGGGUCCGUGUGAUUGUUCCACCUCGCAAGGCUGCCAUGCCCAUGAGAGUUACCUGCAGGUAUCUCCGCAAAGACAAGCUGUCAAACCCACCACCACUCAUGGAGGGAGAAGCACUUGCCAGCAGGAUCCUGGAGCUUGGCCCUGUUGGUGCAAAAUUCCUUGGGCCUGUCAUUAUUGAGGUACCACACUUUGCAUCAUUGCGAGGCAAGGAGCGGGAGAUAGUGAUUCUGCGGUCAGACAAUGGUGACACGUGGAGGGAACACACGCUUGAUGCCACUGAGGAGGCUGUUCAAGACGUUCUCAAUGAAAGCUUUGAAGGAGAGGAAAUGAGCCAAUUGGAAGACCUUCAUACCAACCGCAUCACACGGAUAUUGACAGUAGACUUCCCUCACUAUUUUGCUGUUGUAUCGCGGACAAGACAAGAGGUGCAUGUUAUUGGACCUGAAGGAGGGAUGGUGUCGUCAAGUGUUGUGCCCCAGGUCCAGGCUGUCUUUCCAGCAGCUGCUCUCACGAAGAAGAUUCGUGUUGGAAUCCAGGCACAUCCAAUACCUGCUGAGCUAGUGGCUAAACUGUUGGGCAAUCGAGUGGCUGUAUCACCUAUAGUGACAGUGGAACCUCGACGACGCAAAUUUCACAAGCCCAUCACCCUGACAAUCCCUGUGCCACAAGCAGCCAACAAGGGCAUGAUCAACCAGUACUCAGGAGAUGCACCAACACUUAGAUUGCUCUGCAGUAUCACUGGUGGCACCACACGUGCACAGUGGGAGGAUGUCACAGGUUCAACUCCACUCACAUUUGUAAAAGAUUGUGUAACAUUCACGACAACUGUUUCUGCUCGGUUCUGGCUGAUGGACUGUCGCAACAUUGCUGAAGCAACCAAAAUGGCUACUGAGCUGUACAGGGAAGCCACACAUCCUCCCUUCAUGGCCAAGUUUGUUGUGUUUGCAAAACGUGUGGAUGUCAUGGAGGCAAGGCUGAGGGUGUUUUGCAUGACAGAUGACAAAGAGGACAAAACAUUGGAGCAUCAGGAACACUUCUCAGAAGUUGCCAAGAGCAGAGAUGUGGAGGUACUAGAAGGAAAGCCUCAGUUCAUCGAGUUUGCUGGUAACCUCAUCCCAGUCAUGAAGUCAGGUGACCAGCUUCAGCUUGGUUUUCAUGCAUUCAGAGAGAACCGCCUUCCAUUCACUGUACGGGUCAAAGAUCAGGAUGAAGAUACUGUUGGAAGAAUACUUUUCAUGCGGGAACCAAAGGUCGCAAAGGGAGAGCCUACACAAAUGCCUAUCUGCACCCUUAACAUUGUGCUGCCAGAGACCAUUAUUCCUGAGUCUGGCCCCUCUGAACCUGACCUGCUUGAGCUAGAGAAGAAGUACAGCUUUCUGCGAGAUGGCAUCAGUCAUCCUGACUCAAUCCAUAGAGCAGAUAUAAGGCUCUCAGAUAUAAGCAACCUUCUGGGAGCUGAUUGGGUACCUCUUGCCUUCGAGCUUGGUAUUUCCACAUCAGAUGUGAAUCUUAUCAAGACUGAAUACCCAAACAGUAUAAAUCAGCAGGCCAUGGUGAUGCUGCGACUCUGGCUGCAGUCUUCUGGCAACAAAGCUACAGGGAACACUUUGGAGAAGGGUCUUCGCAAGAUAGAUCGUGAAGACAUAGUUAACCAGUGUGUGUUCAAUGUAGAGCUAGUGACCGAUGACAUGGAGAAAGCUGUAGCUAAGGUGCAGCUAGAUCAGUCAGGUUUUGAUGCCUUGCGGGAGGAGCUAGGACCAUCACGUGAUGCUACUCUGAGGCGUAGUUAUAAUAGCCUCAGCCCCAGUGACAUUGACUUCAUGAAGGGGUCAGAGUCUGUUGAGGAGCUUGGAGAGGCAGGCACAUUCGGAGCCUGUAACGACAGUGGAAUAAGGGUUGCGGUGCAGGAGAAGAAGUAUGCAGGAGAAGAGAAGGAUCUUGGAGACGUGAUGGAAGACUUUCUGACUCACAAGGAGCACAGCACUUCCACGCCUCUGAGACAACAGCAGGCACAACCAGAUGCCACCAGUGCAAAGGAGGAGAUGCUCCAUGAUGUGACAGAGCAACUUGAAAGGCUUGAGACAUCAUCACCAAGUGUUGUCACCACUGUUCUCACACACAAGCAAGAAGUACCAUCACCUAAGGUGUUGCAGACGCCUCCACCGAGUCCCGCAGAGUACCGUGAUCAACUAGGAGCGGAGCCAUAUUAUGAUGAAGCAACACACAUUUCUCAGUCAGAAAUUUGGCAGCCCGAGGGUCUCGACAUUAAUUUAAUUUCAAAUCGGCAACUGCCAACUUCUGUGCAAGGUAUGUCGGAGGCUGGUCCAGAGCAUGCACACAAUGACACUGCACCUGGUAGUAGUGUAGUUGUUAGUUCGCAUGAUGAUGUGGCAGCUCUGCAUGAGAAGGGGAUUGCUGCCACUUCGCCGCAUCACAUUAAAUCCAUCCAGAAGGUGCUGAGGCCAUCCCAAAGGACUUCAAACUUUCAGUUUGACAAUACAAAAUGGGACUUUUCAUUGGACGAUGAGAAUCAAGGCAUUGUGAAUGCAAAGACUGUUGAACCAUAUAGCAGAGACACAUCAGUUGUUGGAGACCCAGAUGUGGUUCAAGUGAGAGACAAGAUUUCUGUGGAUGUCCUGCCAGAAGUCCUUACCAGGAUAGAAAAAAGUUACAAGAAUGAAGUACCAUUUGAUAGUUCCUCAGAAUUUGCUUCAGAAAUAAUUGUAAGAGGCAGAGACAUCACCAGUGAUUUUCUUGAGGGGGAGAGGAAGUACUUAGCUGAUGCUCCUCCCCUGCUUAUAAAAGAUGCUGAGACAGUGACAAAGGAUAUUGUCGAUUACAACCGAGAUGACUCCUUCAAAGAGAAUGGGGACGUGUAUGAAGGAGAAGAGACCAGACAGUACCAAGGUUCAAUCCACAGUGACUCAGAUUGUGAUAGUCAUGGGACUCCUAUGUCACCUGAAAGCAGAGUUUCACUUAACAAGAGGAAAACCCUAGGCAGUUCAAGUGGUUCAGAUGUAGCUCUCCAUGAGGGGGCUGAGCUGUCUGAAGAUGAGCAACACUCAGGAGCUGAAUACUUCCAGGGCAAUGAGGAUCCUAUUUUUACAGAGACAAUAUCCACAGAGUAUGACCCAAACUCUCAGCGGAGAGUUGUUACCACAACACGAACUGUUACCAUGUCAACACCUGGUACUGAUGACACUAAUGGUUUGCGACAGUCAAUGCAGGAGAUUGUUGACAGCUUCAUGACAGAUGAACGCCAGCAUCCUUAGAUUAAGCAUAAAUUGGGUCAGUAUUUCAUUGUGUUCUCUCCCAGAUACCUGAUGCCUCUUUGUGACAGAUUCUAUGGAUGCUUGUACUGUCUAUCUGCAAGGCGUUCUCUGGGUAUACCUGAGAUAUCCAGAUCAGAUGUCUUAAUUUUUUGGGCUUUUGUGUCUGUGGUUCAGAGCUUGGGACUUGGUUAUGUUUCCAUUUCACUGAAUAUAAUUUGAAAUUAUUUUUAUGUAAAUGUAUAAAGUGUUAGAUAGCUUUUUUAGUGUAGUUCAUUUUUGAAGGGAGCUGAAAUGAAGAAUUGAGAGAGGAAGUUGCUGCUGACAUCAUUGCAGAGAAGCAGAACAGUACACUAGUAGCAUUUACUAUCACAAGACUAUAUUUUUGUUAUUUGAAACACUAAGGGGGCCAUCCACAAAUAAAAAUAAUCUGAAAAUUACACCAUGCACUCAGUGAAAUAAUGCCUGGGUUUAAGGAACAGUUGACUGCCAUGAUAAUUUUAAUUCCUUAGCUAGAGGGGCCAUUCCUGUUUAUAAAUAUUCUAGAACUGAGUCUGAGUUUUCGCUAAUUUCCAUAAGUAGCCUUACUUGUAGUGCCUGAAAUGUUUGCCAUUUCUAUUUUUGUUGUUGUUUGACUUCUGUACUGUCCAGGUGAAUAGUAACACCUAAGAAGAAAAAAAUGAAACUAAUGACUGUAAUGCAUGGAGAAUGCUUAUUUAUAUGUAAUACAGAGAUACAAAUGUUAUAUAUAUUAUAAAUAUAUAGCUUCAGAUAAGUCAUAUAACUUAAUUUAAAAAUGGAGAAACUGUAACUUGUUUUAAAUUAAAUAUUUUGUAGACUAAAGGUAUUUUUUGAAAUGAUAAAAUAUUGCAUUUAAAUUUAUAAUUAGUGAUGAAGAAGUGGCAUGUAAAUCAAAAUAGAAUACACAGGUUUUACUACAUAACCUUAAACAAUAGUUUGUUGGGCAUAGAGGGUUGUAUCCAGCGUGCUUGCUAUUAACACAAAUACUGCACAACAUAUUCCACUUUUAUUACAUAACAGUUUUAUCAUUUUUGCAUCAAUUUUUAUCACUAUAAACAAGUAUUAUGAACACUUAUUGAUAUGGUGCAAGGAAGGUGAGAUAUAAUGAUAGCAUUCCUGUCUAUAAACUUCAAUAAAACUCUUACUACAACCACA